GGAAAACUGGGAUUAUUAUAAAACCCAUAUUGAACCUUCUCUUUGUUGUAUAUCAUUGUCGUUUUCUUUAGCGACUAUUUCUAACAAAGAGAAAGUUUUCCCUUUUCUGUUUACUAUGACGCAGAGCCAAAUUCUCGGCAAUGGUGGUGACAUGAAGGAAGGAGAAACGGCUCGGAAAAGAAUGAAGAUCUCGGUGCCUCACUUUGAUAACUCGGCACUACUCAAGACUUACUCUAAGUCCUUGAUUGGAUGCUGCAUGAAUCCACCAGAGCAGGAAAUGAAACAGAGGAGGAGAUAGAUACGGUACUGAAGCUGCAACCGUAUCAUUUUGAUGGCGUUAGCACGGUGGCAACCGAAGAAGUCGCAGCUCUUCCCAUCGGAGAUAACGUUCUGGAUCAGGGUGAUAGGUGUUCCGAUGGAGUUCAGGACGGUGCCUACCUUUGAGAGCCUCGGUGAUGCACUUGGACGAACAGUAGCAGUAGAUGUCGAGCACUGCAGAGUGCAGGUGGUGGUGGACGCGUUUCAGGAGCUUUGCUUUGAAACAACUUUGGACUUCAAGGGUGGAGAAUUUUACGAGGGGGAGGAAGCGGCAAUAUCAUUGAGGUAUGAGAAGCUCUUUGGAUACUGCACACUUUGUUCUAGCUUGUGCCAUAAGGAGGAGAAAUGCCCUCUUGCUAAGAAGGUGUCGCCUGAGAAGAAAAGAGAGGGUCGAGAAGGAAAUGGAGGAUGGUAUGAUGGUGGGAAACACGAUGAUCGAGCUCGGAGCUAUAAGGGAGUGGUCAUAAAUGGAAAUCAGAAUCAACAACACAAGGAAAGAGACGGUAGGGACUACUAUGGGAAGGGUAAAGUCAAGAUGGUGGAAGAGGCUGACUCAAAAUGGGUGAAGGUGGCUGAUAGAGGCAAUAAUAGAUCUUCCCGAAGAGAGGAACACCGGGCUGAGGGUCAGGGUCAGGGUCAGGGAGGAAGUAAUAGAUCCUCCUCAGGUCAGUCAGGAGUUCCAAAAGAAGUAGUUCAGGAGGAGGGAGAAAUAAAAAAUGCUGAUGACUCCGAGAAAACUCUUCCCUCUCAGGAUUUUCAAGAAGAGCUGGCCAAGACUCAAGCUGUAGGAUCUGAGGUAAUUUCGGACCCUAUGGAUGCGGAGGAAGGGAUUCAGAUGAUCAAAAGCCUGAUAGUGGAACCGUCAACUUUGGAGGAUGAUAAGGUACUGGACAUGGACGAGUGUAGAGCUAUCUGUCUCGAGCAUGGGAUAGAUAUGGAUGCAGCAGAUGAUCUACCAGAUUGCUCAGAUGGGGAAUUUGAGGAAAUGCUAAAGGAACAAGAUGAUGAAGAAGCUAUUCCAGCAGAUUUAGAAAAUGAAAAUACGGAGGUGGAAAAAGCACCGGUUAAAGGAGAUGUGGCGAAGAAGCAAGGAACUCGCAAGAGGCUUUUUAAGCCUAGCACCGCGGGGAGUACGAAGAUGAGGAUAGCUUCUGCGCUUGUCUCUCUGCGAAAACGAGCUCCGGCAAAGGUAGGUACACGUCAUGAAGAUCACAGCAAGCACCAGGAGAUUAAGGGCACUUCAAACCCGAAGACUGGAAUGAAAAAUCCAUAAUUUAUGAAUCAAAUGUCUCUCGUAUUGGGUUGAAGUAACGGGGUUUUCAGUUAUGGUUUUAAGCUUUUAGUUUUCCAAAUAAGCUCUUGGAGCAUCUAUUUGUUAUCUGGUAUUAUGGGUUUUAUAGAUUCGGGCUGUUGGUGUUUUCUUUGGUUGUCGGUUGUGUUUUCACGUUUAUUUGAUCAUUGGAAUAAUAUUGAGGUUUUCAG